AUGAAAACCUCCUCUCCUCAGGGACCUUCUGUCUCAGGCAGGGGGAGAAGUAGUGCACCCGCGUCCCGAGCUGUGGAACUUGCACACUUACCUGUUGAAAGGUCCAAUUUGUUAGCAAAAGGGCUUCCCCCGAAUGUGAUUGAGACAAUCCAAAGUGCUCGGGCCUCGUCUACUAGAGGUUUAUAUGCUUACAAGUGGCGAGCAUUUGAGCAAUGGUGUCAAGAACAUAAUGUUCUUCCAUUUCAGUGCUCCAUGGUGGAGAUUUUGUCUUUUCUACAAAAACUAUUAGAGAAAGGCCUUUUCUUCUCUACUAUUAAAGUAUAUUUGGCGGCUAUAUCAGCCUGUCAUGUUGGUUUUGACGGAGUGUCACCAGGGGCUCAUCCGCUGGCAGUACGAUUUUUAAAAGGAGUGCGACGUCUGCGACCCACUGCGAGGUCCAGUGUUCCGUCUUGGGAUUUAUUGUUAGUGCUUGAGGCCCUCUGUGGUCCUCCUUUUGAGCCAGUUGAGUCUAUAGAUAUGAAAAUUCUUUCAUAUAAGACGGCACUUCUUCUUGCUUUAGCGUCUGCUAAACGAGUGGGUGAUCUCCACGCUUUGUCCGUGCAUCCAUCCUGUACACAGUUUGCUGCUAAUGGGUUAAAGGUUACUCUACAGCCGAACGCAGCCUAUGUACCGAAGAUCGUCUCCACUGAUUAUAGCUCUAUGGUCUUUGACCUUUUUAGCUUUUUUCCUCCUCCUUUUGCUUCUGAUGAGCAGAGAAAAUUGCAUAAUUUGUGCCCCGUACGUGCACUACGGGUGUACAUGGACCGUACAGUAGAUAUGCACUUAUGUGAUCAACUGUUUAUCUGCUUUGCCAGUCCAGUAAAGGGUAAAGCGCUGUCUAAACAGCGGCUUGCCCAUUGGAUUGUGGAGGCUAUUACACUAGCUUAUAGCAGUAAGAGUGUCCUAUUGCCUCUGGGUGUGAAAGCACAUUCAACGAGAGCUAUGGCAACAUCAUGGGCUCUGUUCAAAGGAAUGUCCGUGGGUGAUAUUUGCGCGGCAGCCAGUUGGUCCUCACCACACACUUUUGUCCGGUUCUACCGACUUGAUAUAACGGCCCCCUCGCUGGCUCAUUGUGUCCUCUCUGCGGGGUCCAUAAUGCAGUAG